AUGUCGCUGAAAACUCUGGUCAGUUUGGUGGUGGUGCUACUGAGCAGCCACACGGAGUCAUCCCCGUACUUAACAGGAGGUCUGAAGACGUUCGCACUCGAGGAGGUGGUGCCAUUGACGAUCAACUUCUUUCCAGAACAACUGUCCGUACAAUGGAUAUCAGACACAGAAUACUUGUACAAGGAGCCGAGUAUAGGAGUGUGGAAGGUGGACGUGACUCAGGAGACAUAUUCUCCAUUGCUAGACGAAACUGACAUGGUUAAGAUACAAAACUUCUCGAUGUCUUCGUUUUCACAAGACUUGAAAUAUGUGUUGCUGACUACGAAUAAACAAAAGAAAUACAGACACUCGAGCACCGCCGAGUUCUGGGUGUACGAUCUCGAGACCAAGUCCAUCAUAAGACUAGGCAAAAGUCCUCUAGAUGUCGUGGUAUGGGGCAGCGGAAGGUCCCUGGCGUAUGUGAGUGACAACAACGUGUACUAUGUGAGGGACGUUGACACGGACAGUGCUGUGCCUCUCACCAGCGAUGGGAUACCUGGGGAGAUAUACCAUGGUGUCACCGACUGGCUUUAUGAAGAGGAGAUGUUCAACUCAGCCGAAGCAAUGUGGUUCUCUCCUGCUGGUAGCUAUUUAGCUGUUGCUUCGUUCAAUGACACCAAUGUAGCUACAGCGAUGUAUCCAUACUAUGGACAACCUUCUGACCUCAAUAACCAGUAUCCUGAAAUGGUAGAAUUUAAGUAUCCAAAGUCAGGUCUCACAAACCCCGUCGUGGGAUUACGGGUCUUCAAAUUGGAUGAUCCUCGGGGAGAACCGUGGAAUAUUCCAGCUCCUGUCGACAUCGUUGGCCUAGACCAUUAUCUAGGCAGAGUCAACUGGGCUUCCGAACAAAAUCUCAUAGUAUUAUGGCUGAACAGACGACAAAACGUCAGUGUACUAGUCAAUUGUGAUUUAGAAAAAGAUAAGUGCAGUAUUGUGAAAGAACACUCUGAAUCAAACGGUUGGAUUGACGUGAGGACGCCGUUCUUCGAUAGAUCGGGAAACAAGAUGUUGGAGAUACAAAACUUGUAUAAUGGAGACCAGCGGUUCCCUCAUGCGGGUCGGUUUAACUUCUUAUCUUUGACUACCGAAGACUUGAGUCCUGGAAACUCAUCGGUAAUGGAGAUUUUGGGGUGGAAUCAGGAUACGGAUACUGUGUACUACGUGGUGUCUCCUGGCACUGUGCCGUGGUUGCGUCAGAUGUGGGCGACGUCUGCCGGCGUGGUGCGUUGCGUGUCGUGCCGGGAGCCCGCGUGUCACCACGUGACCGCCUCCUUCUCUCCCGGCGCUAGUUAUGCUAUCGUCACCUGCAGCUCAUCUCUCAAUCCGCCUAAAAUCUUCCUUUAUAAUAGUGCGACGGACAGUUUCAAACUGAUCAAAGAUAAUUCGAGAUUGAAGGAAAAGUUGCGGCAUUAUAAGAUGCCGAUGAUAUUAUUCAACAUGGUCUCAUUAGGAGAGAAUCCACUGGGUCACAUCAAACUCUUGUUGCCACCUGAGAUGAAAUCUGGGGAGAAGUACCCCUUGAUAGUGAGGGUUUAUGCAGGACCAGGGACCAGCAGAGUAAAAGAUAAUUUUGAUUUAGAAUACUACAAUACGUACUUAUCAACGAAUAGGAGCUUUAUAGUGGCGUCUAUAGACGUCCGAGGUUCGGGAGCUAUGGGCGUGGAAGCCAUGCAUGCUGUUAACAACGCGCUCGGAACUGUUGAAGUCACUGACACUUUGGCUACCAUCAGAAGCCUAUUAAACGUGUACUCGUUCAUUGACCCUGAGCGCGUCGGUGUGUGGGGCUGGAGUUACGGCGGGUUCGUGUCCACCAUGAUGCUCAUACACGACGACCACCACACGCUCAAGUGCGGCGCUGCCGUGGCACCCGUCACUUCCUGGCUUUUCUAUGACACAAUGUACACAGAGCGCUACAUGGACACACCGCAAGCGAAUCCGAUAGGUUACGAGCGCUCUGACGUCAUCCGUCAGGCGGAGAAACUGCGCGGGCGCAAGUACCUGUUAGUGCAUGGUACUGACGACGACAAUGUGCACUUCCAGCAUAGUAUGUUGCUUGCCAAGCAGCUGCAGCAUAAUGAUAUUGACUUCCAGCAGAUGAGCUACGCGGACGAGAAGCACUCUCUACUGGGCGUCAGUCGACAUUUCUACCACAUGUUGGAUCACUUCUGGACUAAAUGUUUCGAGUGCUAG